AAAUCAUUAGGUUUCAUUGUCAGUUGCGUAAUACGGAUUACUUCGAAGCUACACCAAUCAGAGUUUCAGACUAAAAUAUAACUCAACUGUCAUUCAUCCAUUAUCCAUAUCCUUACACGACCAAGGAUAAAAAAUUCAUAAUCCCUUCUCAAAAUAUUUCAAUAGCUCUUUUCUGUUUAGUCAGAGAUUUUUUGUUGCCAAGAAACCAUUUUUUUGCAAUGCCCACAAUCAAUUUUCUUCUUCUUCUUCUUCUUCUGGGUUGCCUAACAAUCUGCCAUGCUAAGCGUUAUUCUUUCUCUUCUUCCUCUUGCGUUCCUUCUUCUUGUGGGAAAAUCGCUAACAUACAUUUCCCUUUUCGCUUGAAAGGCGAUCCUAAAGAUUGUGGUGACCCAAAAUAUGAACUUGAAUGCCAAAAUAACCAGCUCAUUCUGAGCUUGAAAUCCAGAAAAUACCUUGUCCAAUCAAUUGAUUACGAGAGUUACACGAUAAGGCUUCUCGAUCCUAAUGUGGAGAUUAACAAUCCCUGUUGGUUCCCUCUUAAUUACAACCAAAUUGAUGAUACUUAUGAGGAUGGUUACUCUUCCUAUUCAGAUCUAAACAUCCCUUUAACAUUCAUCAACUGUCUUGUUCCUGUAAAUUCUUCUACAUACGUUGACAUUACUUUCUGUACUAACAGAAACAGUAGCACUUCAUUAAAUUCUUCUUCUGGGGUUCAUAAUUACGUUGUUGCUGGAGAUAGACUUACCUUGUCAGAUCUGGAACCAUCUUGCAGCAUCGGGAAGGUGAUUCAAGUUCUUAAUUUGAAUACCACGAAUUACACUUCUCUGUCAAGCAUCCACGAGGCAGUGGCUUCUGGGAUUGAGCUAUCAUGGCACUAUCCUUUGUGUUCGAUUUGUCGGGACAAAGAGUGUACCAUUGAGGAAAAUUCUGUCAAGUGCACUCCUUACAAGAUUUGUUACGAAGACACCGCUUUUGAAGACCGCAGUUUCCUCUGCAAAUUGGACUAUUAUGCUCGUGAGUGCUGUCGACUUUCUGCUUGCUCUAUAUCAUAUCUAAUUAGAAUUAGAUACAAUUUUUUAUUUUUUUUCCUCUGUUUCUGACUUCAUUUUUCUUUUUGGCUAACUGACAGCAUUCAUCAUAUUCUUUGGUGUCGUUCCAAUUGGUAAGCCAUACUACACAAUAGCUUCAUAUGUUAGUGAGGAUUACUGAAUUUACACGGUCAAAAUAACUUUCUUUCUCAAACAAUUAAUGCAGGAGGAAUUUUGGGAUUAAGGCUAAUCUGUGGGCUUUGUUGUUUUAUUCCACUAAUUGUGUCUAAACGGAAAAGGAGACACCUAUGGGCAGACUAUGAAAUGGUUCAAGACUUAGUAAAAAAGGGUCAAAAUUCCUUCAAGCCAAUACAUUAUAGCUACUCCGAAAUCAAGAAAAUCACAAAUAACUUCAAAGUGAAAUUGGGUGUGGGAAGUUGUGGGUCUAUAUUCGGAGGAAAGCUUAGGAGUGGUCCAACUGUUGCAGUGAAGAUGAUGGACAAAACUACAGCCAGUUCCCAAGAAUUUCUGAGAUUUGUUGCUGCAAUUGGAAGGGUUGAUCAUGCAAACGUAAUGCCACUCAUUGGCUUCUGUUUUGAAGGGCAGAACCGAGCUUUGGUAUACGAUUUGAUGCCUAAUGGUUCGAUUCAAAAGUACAUCUCACCUAAAGAAGGAGAUCCGAAUUCUUAUGUUUCAUUGAGCAUUGAAAAUCUGUAUAAGAUUUCUCUGGGAGUGGCUCGUGGGAUUGAUUAUCUACAUCGAAACUGCGACAUCCAAGCUCCACAUUUGGGUUUUAAACCUCAUAAUGUACUUCUUGAUGAGAAUAUGGUGCCAAAGAUAUCUGAUUUCGGACUCGCUAAAGUGUGCCCUGGAUUGAGUAAUGCAGCUCCAGAGUUUUACUAUAAAAGUAUUGGAGAAGUUGAGCAUAAUUCAGAUGUUUAUAGUUUUGGAAUGUUGUUGGUUGGUAUGAUUAACACAGUGAAGAAGAAAACACAUUCCACGGCUAGCCCUGAAAGCCAAAAUGAUCAUUCUUCUUCCAGGAUUCAUGACCAAUUGGUUGAAGGCAGAGACAUGAUAGAAAUUAAAGAUGCCACUGCAGAGGAAAAAAUGAUGAUUAAGAAGCUGAUGGAAGUAGCUUCCAUCUGUAUCCAGAUGAAACCGGCUGAUCGACCUUCCAUGAGUGACGUUGUUAAGAUGCUUGAACAAGAAGAGGGUGAAUGCUAACUAACAUGUCCCUUAGAUUCGCCGGGCUCCCGCGGCCUCGGGGAAUUUGAGCAUGUUUUUUUUUUUUUCCUUGUACGUAGUAUGUUGAGGUAAAGGGCAGAAUGUUUAUUAUCUUUGUUUGUGUAAGUAUAAUAAAAUAGUAGGAAAACAAAGAAAGAAAGAGAGGAAAUGGCAAAUCCUUCUAUUUGUAUAUUGGAAAGAAACCCACUGUACUAUUUUUUUAUUUUUGAAAACCGCUGUAAAUCUCAUCUGUACUGUAUGAGUUCUGUACCAAACAUUUAGAAGUUUAGAACAUUAACAUUCCUAUCGGUUUUGUUUCCGUUGAUUCAAUAAAACUAUAUUGAUUAAAACAUAUCACCUCAUCCACUUGGCAGGAGCUUCUGCAGGUCAGGCCCUGAUU